AUGACAUUCUUCAUGAGAACAGCUCUCAUUACUGCCGGGCUAUCAACCCGUCUCGUGCUUGCUACUCCACGAAACGUUCCCCCUAAGAUCUCAGGCGACGUUCAGGUCCUAGGCCACACCUACGAUUCCGGCUUUGGACAGCCAAAUACAUCGAACCCCAACGACCCUGGAUUCUACUCCGAUGGAGGGGCAGGUGGUCUGGUCAACGGCUACCACAUGCUUACCCUCAGUGAUGCCAGGGACAGCCCGACCAACAUCACCAUAUUAGGAGACUACAAGGCCGAUCCUCACUGGUUCUUUGAAGGCAAUGGUGCCGGCCAAGGCGUAGUCCGAUCGAAUCCAUCUGAUGCCUGUCAGAACGAGAACUUUGGUCCGGCGCCUAAUACGAUGAUGGUACCGUUGGAGGAAGGCAGCACUACUGGACUCAACGUUUGGAGCAUCUACUGUGGGACCGUGCAAUAUAAUACUCUCAUUGAAUGGGAUGCCACAGAUCUCGCGGGUCGUGUUGCCAACAACGAAAAUAUUCCAAACACUAGAACAGUGGAUCGUCUAUUCAACGUGAGAGACCCAGCCGUCUCGAUAAUAUUCGACACGUUCGCUGACCAGCACCAGGCUUCUCAGCCACUGUAUGGCACAGACGGUUUUGCGAUCGACGACAAAUACAUCUACCUCGUCGCCCGCAACGAUGCCGACUUCAAAAUUGCUCGUGUUGAGAAGGACAAGCGAACAGAUAUCAGCCAGUACAAGUACUACUACCCGACUGCAGCUCAAUGGAACGAAACGAUCCCAGCCCCUGAAGACUCGUCCCCAGACGUCAACUUCUUCAUCGGCACGGAUCCCGGCAACGGUGUGCAAUUCGGCUCAGAUCUCUUCUUCUCGCCGUACUUCAAUACAUGGUUGCUCUCGUACUCGAGCGCUGCUUACGUCGGACUCUACAACUUAGCGUAUUCCUCGACCGGGAAUGUCGAAGGGCCUUAUGAAGAUCUCUCCGGGUUCUACGCCCCACAAUUGGACGACGCAUGCAUGCAAGAGAGUCCAGGCCACUUGCCUCAGCAGGGCUAUGCUCCUCCGGUCGUCUAUCUCAUGCACUCACAUCCUGGGUAUGAUGCGAGCGGCAAGACGCUGGUUGUUGGGUGGAUCAGCUGCAAUGCAGUUACGAACUUUGCGAGGAUCACGUUUCAGUAG